GGAAAGGCUAGGAUACCGCCCAUGGCGAACGAGUCACUCGCGCUCAACUCUUCACCUCUGACAUACAUCGUGUGCAACCAUGAGUGGUCCUUCCUCGAAGGCGCCAAGUCACACGCGCACACUCUCAAAGCAGGCCGUCACCUGUUCCCCUUCCAGCUGCACAUAGGCGGCUCUCUGCCCUCCUCCGUCAGCACGUCCGUUCUAGGCGGCGCGUCUGUCCACUACAAACUCCGCGCGAGUGUGGUGCGUCCAGGCUUCGCCGGUCUCACGCACCGAGACCUCCAUGCCGUGCACCCCGUCACCAUCCUGCGCGGCUUCAGCGCAGAGGCCCUCGAGUAUCAGCAAACUCUCGAGAUCGAGAACACAUGGCCCGAGAAACUCAUGUACUCCAUCAUGAUCCCGCACAAGGCCUGGGCCGCCGGGGACCGCGUUGCUGCAGUCGCCAAGUUUUCGCCUCUCGCCAAGGGCGCGAGCGUAAAGUCGAUCACCGCGACCAUCAACGAGACCGUCAAGCUCACGGGACGGGCGGGCUCGCAAGAGAGCACGCGCGCGAUCGCGACAGCCAAGCACGAGAUCCACAAUGGGCAGGCUGUAUGCGUCGAGGAGCAGCAUCACCGGUAUAGAGUGCCGCUUCUGCACCAUUCCCCGAGCCCGAGCCCAGUCCAUACGCCGUCAGAGUCUCGGUCACAUUUCUUGGUCCCAGGUCACACUUAUUCACCAGGCGAAAUGACGCCGUUGACGACGGUUACGACUAACUCUUCUUCUUCUUCUUCGGCCUCGGGCCCCACCACGGGCUCCAGCGUUCUCCUGACACCCGCAAACACGGCUGUGUUUUCAGCAUCUAACGUGGCCGGGCCGUCGACUUCAACAGCUCCUCCGCCACCACCAUCCGGCAUGGUCCUGCCCCCAGAGCUCGAGCAGGAGCCGUCGAGCGACGUGGUCACAACGCUGCAGAUUGCGAUACCCGUACACGCAACACCGGCACACUCGCUUGAGCCUAUACAUGUCAACCAUCGGAUACGGUGGUCGAUUAUGAUCACAAACAUGGACGGGCACGUCUCUGAGCUGCGUUGCUCGCUUCCGCUGCACAUUCUGGACCACCGCCUGUACGACGAGGCGCGUGCAAAUACGCUUGCGACGCGCCGACUGCUUUUGGGCGCUCGCGACGUUGAGGGUGGUCGGGCCGUUGGUACCAACGGCGAACACGACCAGGAGGAAGAGGACGCCGAGCUCCCGAGCUACCCUGCGCAUGUCCGCGAUCGUGUCGCCAACGCGUAUAUCCCUGAAACCGCCGUCAUGCGCGUCACGAACCCAUGGGUUCACCAGGGCAUCAGCCCCGUUGUGCGCCGAGACACUGAGCCGACGGGCAUGUACUCGCCCGCGCCGCUGGAGUGUUUCCCAUACAAUCGCCCUGGUCCCCAUCCACCGACGGCCCGCAGCCAACUUCCACCAAGCCCUGGGCCUGACACUCAGCAGCUCCACUGGGUCAACUCGGAGCUCCUCCUCAGUCUGGGCCAGUAUGCGGAGACACCAAGUCCGCAGACGCACCGCCGGCGGUUGCCAGUCGAACACACCCCGCCCGAGUCUGCUGCGCACAGCCGACCGACGAGUCGCCCCGCGAGCCGCCCGCACAGCAGACACGGCAGCCGCGCGGCGAGCCCCAUGCGAUCCUCGAGCGACAACUCGCGCUCGGUGAACCACGCGAGCACGUUCAACAACGACGCGACGUACGUGCACAGCAGCAGCUCGGCGAGCCGGAACCUGCACGGGCUGUUCCACAUGUCGAUGAAGCCGUUCACGAGCCUCACGAGCGGGCUCGGGCUCGGGCACCGCGCGCACUCGCACGCGCAUCUGCACGGCGUGGCGUCGCCCCUCUCGAUGGACGCGAGCCGCGCGAGCCGCCCGGGAUCGGGCGCGUCGACGCCGCUGAGCUCAGGCGCGGACACGCCCGCGCUGCUGCCGCGGCACAUGACCGAGGACCAGCUGCUGCUCCAUCGCGCGUUCAUCGAGACGCCGGACUACGAGAUCGCGAGCAGGGGCUUCCUCGGCGGCGGCAUCCCGCCGCUGUCGAGCUACGCGGGCCUGCCGAGCUACGAGGAGGCCGCCGAGGGCCGCGCGCCGCCCGAGCGCAGCCUGAGCGACACGGACCUCGCCGCGCGGAUGCCGCCGCGGCACGCCUUUGCCGCGCCGCGCCCUGCUGUUGCGGCCACUGCGCCGCCGUCGCCGCCGCCGUAGUCUCUUGUGUCUCGCAUAUCUCGCGCCGCUUCCCCACUCAAUGCUACUUGCCACGCCACUUGUUUUAUGACAAAAUGUAUCAAUAUUCACUCGCCGCCUCAUAGACCCUAGACCCAGCACCCAUAGAAUCCCCC